AUGCCAAUGCUUUACCUCGCCAUCAAUGGCCCCAGCCAGCAGGGCGAGCGCGCCGAAUACACCCUGGAAUACGCGUACACGCACCGGCCCCAUUGGUCCGGCCACACCGUCAUCGCCAACGGUGUAAGCUACGACUUCCAUCUUCUUCCUUCCGGCCUCCUCCACCCCCAGGCCAUUUGCCUCAUCGGCUCCGGCGCCGUUGUCCAUGUCCCCACCUUCUUCAAGGAGAUGGCCGACCUCGAGGCCAAGGGCCUCAAGAACAUCCGCGACCGCCUCCUCGUCUCCGACCGAUGCCACAUCAUCACCGACUGCCACAUCCAGGUCGACGGCCUCGAGGAGCAGGAGCUCGGCGGCAACAGCAUUGGCACCACCAAGCGCGGUAUUGGCCCAACCUACAGCACCAUGGCCGCCCGCAACGGCAUCACCAUCAGCGAGAUGUUCGACGAGGAGGUCUUUGAGCGCAAGUUGCGCCAGCUUGCCACCGGCUUCAAGAAGCGCUUCGGCGACCUCUUGGUCUACGACAUCGAGGACGAGAUCAAGCGCUUCAAGCAGUACAGAGAGGACCUGAGGACGUUUGUCGUUGACGCCGUCCCUAUCAUGGCCGACGCGCAGGCCAAGAACACCAAGAUCCUCGUCGAGGGUGCCCAGGCUGUCAUGCUUGACCUGAACUUCGGAACCUACCCCUUCGUCACAUCAUCAAACACUGGCCUCGGCGGUGUCUUCACAGGUCUCGGCCUCAACCCCCGCAAGAUCAACCACAUCGUCGGUGUCGUCAAGGCCUACACCACCCGCGUCGGCGGCGGUGCCUUCCCCACAGAACAGCUCAACGAGGUCGGCGAGAAGCUCGGCAAGAUCGGCCACGAGAUCGGUGUCUCCACGGGCCGCUCCCGCCGUUGCGGCUGGCUCGACCUCGUCGUCGUCAAGUACUCGGCCAACCUCAACCACUACACCGCCCUCAACCUCACCAAGCUCGACAUCCUCGACACCUUCCCCACCAUCAAGGUCGCCGUCGCCUACAAGGACAAGGAGACGGGCGAGGAGCUGCCCUCCUUCCCCGCCGACCUCAAGACGCUCGAGAAGGCCGAGGUCGUCUACAAGGAGCUCGAGGGCUGGAACACGCCCACCACCGGCGCCAAGACGUACUUCGACCUGCCCAAGCAGGCGCGCGCGUACAUUGAGUUCAUCGAGGAGUUUGUUGGUGUCAAGUGUGUCUGGAUUGGCACCGGUCCCAAGAGAGAGGACCUCAUCUCCCGCGUUUAA